AUGGCAGAUGGGUCCCGCCGUGAGGCAGCUGAGCUCUUUACCAAGGCAGACAGCAACUGUGAUAUGCUCCUGACGUCAUAUCAGUGCAGUGCUCACGGCCUCAAUUUACACGGACAGUGCAGCCGUCUAGUGCUACUGGAACCGCCACUGAACCUCAACACCCUGUUCCAAGCAGUGGGGCGGGUGCACUGCCUGGGACGGCAUGACGCGCAAAAGUCGGGUCCGAUUCCAAAACCUAAGGAACCUGUGUUUGGAAGUGUCCCUGACCAAGGCCCGGCCGUUAAUGAUGACCACGACGGCGAUAAUGAUGAAUUUGGCUACAACGAAUAUGAAGCGACCUGGCCAGCUGGACUCAUGUCACAGCACGACCCAGCCGCAGGCACCAGUGGCCGCCGUCUGCUCGCAAUCAAACAGUGGCCGCCACUUCAAUAUGUCAUUGACCAUGCACAACAAGUCUGUCCUCCUUCACAAAUGGCUAUUAAAACGUGUUCUUUGAAGCCAGAGUUCGAACAUGGAUGGGUUCUCGAUCUGGACUACGAUGGCAACGAGGGAGAUAACUUGCCUUACUACUCUGCUCGUGUGAAGCCGGCCUCGGAAGAAGACACUGAGAUGUUCAUUGACUCGCCCAGCACUGCACCAGUGCCAUCUGCUCCAUUCCACCCUCCGACUGCACGAUUCCAUGACUUCAUAGUCAAGGAGAGUCUACGGAAGCUGAGCUUGAAAGUCCCACACGCGCGGGGCGUGUCCGAGCUGGAGUUCCUAGCGACUUACUAGACAAUGGCCAGGAGCAGAACAACAGGGCUGCCAAGGGAUGACACGCCCAAUUCCAAUUAAUCAAGUGGUCCCUAAUAAGUGCAUUUUCUGACAGAACGGGAGAAUUGUUGAAGAGGAGAUCGACUCGCAGAAGGGUCCUACGCGGUUUAA